AUGGUUUUGGACGAUUCCGACGUGGAGAUGAUAGUGACCGACGUUGAAGUUGCUGAGCACGAUGUAGAGACCCCCUACGGAAGACUCCACUGCACCAUGCGGGGAGUCCCCAAAGGAGAGCGGCCCAUCAUCCUCACCUUCCACGACAUCGGACUCAACCACAAGACAUGCUGGGACUCGCUGUUUAACAACGAGGACAUGGCAGAGAUCUUGCACCACUUCGCCGUGUGUCACGUGGAUGCCCUGGGGCAGCACGAGGGCGCCAACACCUUUUCCACUGGCUACGAGUACCCGACCAUGGACGAGCUCUCCGAGACGCUCCCGCUGGUGCUCAAGCAUUUCGGGCUGAAGUCUGUUAUUGGAUUAGGGAUGGGAGCCGGAGCCUACAUGCUGACCAAAUUCGCUCUGGAUUACCCGAAAAUGGUGGAAGGUCUGGUGCUCAUCAACAUCAACCCGUGUGCCGAAGGCUGGAUGGACUGGGCCGCGCACAAGAUCAGCGGUUGGACCCACGCCAUGCCCGACUUGGUCAUCAGCCACCUCUUUGGGAAGGAGGAGAUCAACCACAACCAGGACAUGGUGGCUACGUACCGCCAUCACGUGUUAAAGGACAUGAACCAGUUCAACCUGCAGCUCUUCAUUAAGGCCUACGAAAGUCGAAGAGACCUGGAGAUUGAGAGGCCGGUUCCGGGAAGCAACAACAGAACCCUCAAGUGUCCCAGCCUUCUGGUUGUUGGGGACAGCUCGCCUGCUGUGGACGCUGUGGUUGAGUGCAACACUAAACUGGACCCCACAAAAGCGACACUCCUUAAGAUGGCUGACUGUGGGGGCAUGCCCCAAAAUGAUCAGCCUGGCAAACUCACAGAGGCGUUGAAGUACUUCAUUCAGGGCAUGGGAUACAUGCCGUCAGCCAGCAUGACCCGGCUGGUGCGCUCUCGCACGGCCUCGGGUUCCAGCGUGACGUCCUUCGAAGGCUCUCGCUCCCGUUCGCACACCCAGGAGGGCAACCGCUCGCGCUCGCACACCAACGAGGGCCCGCGCUCACGCUCCCACACGGCAGACCACCAGCGGGGCGCCGCCCCCGCGGCCGACGCGGCCCCCGCCGUGGACCAGGGCAUGCUCAAGGCCCCCGAAGUAUCCUGCUAA